CACAAGUCACAUAUAAUUGAGUGUUAUAACCAAAAUAUGCUCAUGGUGUCGCUAUGCACCAACCUUAGCUAGCAGUAAACCCCGAGUAUGACCUGCCAGCGAUGAGUCUUCGCCGCAUUCGACCAGUAAGCAUUCAUAGCCUACUGUUGUGUGAUUUCAAUUGUUCACCGUGUUUUUCUUCAUGACAUAUGAGGAAUUUUCAAAACACGAUGGGCUACUUCCUUCAAACGAUGGCAAUCCAUCGAGUUGAAAUGGAUUAUCGUGUCCUUUUCUUUUUUGUUCUCGUCCUGCACUCCGUCUAUGGAGACGUGAGCUAUUCUAUUCCAGAGGAGAUGGAACGCGGAUCAGUGAUUGGAAACAUAGCGAAGGAUCUUGGACUUAACUUCAGACUCUCUGAUCGCAAGGCUCGCAUUGACACCGAAGAUGACAACGAUCAGUAUUGCAAUAUAGAUCUAAAUACUGGAGAUUUGCUUGUAGCUGAGAGAAUAGACCGAGAGAGUCUUUGUGCAAAGAAACCAUCGUGCGUCGUGCAACAAGAACUUGUCCUGGAAAACCCUUUGGAACUACACCGUAUUACUAUCCGUGUUAACGAUAUAAAUGACAACAAACCGCAUUUUAAGGAGGAUCUACAAAAAAUUGAAAUAAGGGAAUCUGCAGACAAAGGGGCGCGUUUCCCUCUUGACGAAGCGCACGACGCGGACAUUGCAGAUAAUUCCGUUCAGGGCUAUACACUUGAAAAAAACGAUCACUUUAUAUUAGAUGUGAAGACGAAGGGUAAUGGACGGAAAUAUGGCGAACUAGUCCUAAACAAAGAGUUAGACAGAGAAGACAAACACGAGAUUACGCUUUCGCUUACCGCAGUAGACGGUGGCUCUCCUCAGAGAUCAGGUACUGUAGUUAUACAUAUCAUUGUGCUGGAUGCUAAUGAUAACGCCCCAGUGUUUAGCCAGGCCGUUUAUCAAGCCAUCCUACCUGAAAACUCUCCGGUAGAAAGUCUCGUGAUUACUGUAAGUGCUUCUGAUGCGGACGAGGGUAUCAACGGUGAGAUCGUUUAUGGCUUUGAUCAUAUUUCAGACGAAAAAAGCAAUAUGUUUUCGCUCAAUACAACCACUGGAGAAAUUAGAGUGGCUGGAUCUAUCGAUUUUGAAAAAGAGUCUUCAUAUGAACUCCAGAUUAGUGCAAAGGACGGUCUCGGUUUGGGGUCCUAUGCAACAUUAAUAAUUGAUGUUAUGGAUGUAAACGACAACGCUCCAGUAAUUAACCAGAAGUCACUGUCUAAUCCAGUGCCGGAAAACGUCUCACCUGGGACAGAGGUUGGCAUCAUAAACGUACAAGACAGAGAUUCUCAGGAUAACCGUCAGGUCCGCUGUUUUAUCCGGGAAAAUGUUCCUUUUAAAUUGAUCCGAUCCAUUAAGAACUACUAUUCUCUAGUAACAACAAGUGGUCUGGACCGUGAACUAGUGUCUGAUUAUAAUAUCACCAUUAUGGCCACAGACGAGGGAUCUCCCCCUUUGACCUCCUCUAAAAUCAUUCAGCUAACAGUAGCCGAUGUCAACGACAACCCGCCUCUGUUUGAUGAAGCGUCCUACAGCGCCUAUGUUGCUGAAAACAUCCAACCAGGCUCUACUCUGUGUUCAGUGUCCGCUCGAGACCCAGACUGGAGACAAAAUGGCACCGUGGUGUAUUCUCUUUUACCCAGUGAAGUCAACAGUUCCCCGGUGUCCCUGUAUGUAUCUGUAAACGGAGACACGGGGGUCAUCCAGGGCUUGAAGUCUUUGGAUUAUGAACUAUUCAGGAGCUUUAAGUUCCAGGUGAUGGCUAGAGACAACGGUUCUCCUCCACUCAGCAGCAACGUGACGGUCAGUGUCUACAUAACGGAUGUGAACGACAACACUCCUCAGAUACUUUACCCCACGUCUGAAGGAAACGCUUUUAAGACCGAGCUGGUCCCCAAGGCGACACACGGAGGUUCUCUAGUCUCCAAGGUGAUUGCAGUGGACGGAGACGCUGGCCAGAACGCCUGGCUGUCCUAUCGUAUCAUUCAAUCCACUGACCCGGGACUCUUUACUAUCGGUCUCCACAGUGGAGAGAUCAGGACCCAGAGGGUCAUUUCAGAAAGCGACAGCAUGAAACAGAACCUCGUUGUCUCUGUGAACGAUAACGGGCCCACUCCUCUCUCCGCCACAUGUGUGGUGUAUUUCCUUAUUUCUGACGACUUGGCAGAAGUGGCAGAGUUUAACCAUCACACAGAGGAGAGUGAUUCUACAGUGACAUUUUAUCUGAUUAUUGCGCUGGUGUGCGUCUCCACCUUUUUCCUGACCUUCUUGGUUCUCAUCCUGAGUGUGAGGUUCUGUCGCAGUAGAAAGCCCAGACUGUUGUUUGAUGGAGCCGUCGCUAUCCCCAGCGCUUAUCUGCCCCCUCAUUACGCCGAGGUGGACGGCAUGGCCACCCUGCGCAGCGCCUACAACUAUGACGGCUACUUAACCACGGGCUCUAGAACCAGCGACUUUAAGUUCGCCACGUCUUCCAAUGACAACACGCUGCCUGCCGACCAGACCCUGAGAAAAAGUCCAACAGACUUUGCUGAGAUAUUUGGUGACUCUGAGGGAUCGCCUGAGGUAAGCGUGACAGGGACCCAUCCUCUAAUCUAGCUGUGGAAGUUUUUUUCACAUGGUUUGAUUCCCCAAGCAUAAUGUUGAGCAUAUUGUCUAUGUUGUUGACUACCACAUUUUGGCUCGGUUGAAGUGAGAAAUGUUUUUGAGUUUUUCUUAUGUUUUCGAGUAUGUUCCUAUUGAGUUUAGUUGUAAUGGACAAUGCUUCAAGUUACUUAAUUUUGUUCUAUCUAUCUAUAUCUCUAUCCAGCUGAUUGAACAAGGGAUUUCAUAUAUUAAAAGCUAUAGGACUUGGCAUUAUGCAUACAAAUUACCUAAGGUUAAUUUGAAGUUGUUAUCGUGCCUUCAUAGCUAGUAGUAGAGAUCAAACCACCAGGAGUAGAGGUUUGAUGGUAUUAAAGAGUAUUCUAAAGUAUUCUACCCCUUUGUGUUCAGGAUUUUUUCCUACAAGAGGAUAUACAUUUAUUUAAAUGUGUUUAUUUCAUGCAGAACAUCUCUCUGACAUCAUGAAAUAACAUAUACUGCACUUUUUGGUCACCCAAUCCAUCAUUCUUAUCCAUCCCUCUACCUCCAUCCCCUCUGCAGUGUUCACAAUGUGAGGUUGGACAUCAUGGUGACAGAGGGAAACGCUAUGAAUUGCUGGUGCAAUUACGUGUGGUAUUCCUAGCAUGCAUUCUAAAUGGUUUUCUGUGUGUUUGUUCAGGGGUUCUCCUGUUACUUCCCUUCUCCAAAGACACAGGGCUGAGGCUUAAUGUAGAUGGAUGAGUGUCGUAGGUCCCUGUCCAUGGUGCUGAACCUGUUGUAACCUAAAUCUAUUGAAGUAUGUUCAGUGUUCUGUAGCAUGUUGUUCACAUGAGGUUAGGCCUGAUACCUACUGAGAUAACGUUAAGUCAUAGUAUGUUGGCUUCACUGACCCCAAAGGAAAAUUUUGACCGCUUGGGAGGAUAAAUACUCUCUCAGAUGUGUUUCAUAGCAUACUUUAUAACCCCUGUAAAACAUAAUUUUGCUUGGUAUGGAGGUUUCUCAAUGUCUGGCAGUUUCACACAUUGCAUGUAUGCAUUAUAUGUGUCUAAAACAAAAAAAUAAUGUGCUUUAUAUCUGAAGGCUAUACUAUCCAUCAACGUCUGGACUUGAAUGUUUAAAAAGGAUUUACGUUCAAAAUAUGUGGGCUUUUAUUACUAUUUCUUGUCACAUACCACAAUUUCUGAUUGCUGUUACGUUCGAUAACAACAUUCGACAGAAUGGUUUUAACCAGCCAGGAUAUUUCCCUAAUUACUAUGUGUGGAGAUUGAUGAAUGUACCUCUCUAUCAUGUUCCUUUGGAGCAACAAAUACAUAUAUUGAUGAUAACUUAAAUACUAGACAUUUUAGAGAGAAUACAAUCCAUACAUGAUCAUUACAGUUCUGCAACAAUUAAUAGCAUAUUCAAAUUAAUGUAAAAUCGAUUGAUCUGAUGUUUUAUAAAGUAUAUGCAUUGUUUACCCAUAUAAGGAUCUGCACAUUAUUUGUUAAUCAAUAGUUGUUUAUUUUAGUACACCUUUACUGGA